UCAACAAUUUUAUUCAUUUGCAUAAAGAAAAGGAAAUUAAACUCCUCCCGUUUCUCAUGAACUGCGGUGUCGUAUUGGGUUUCUAUUGCUGGGGCUGGGAGUUCUUAACUGCCCUUCUUCUUUUCUCCUCAAAUUAAUCUUCGUCUUUUUCAAUUACUGUUUUUUUUUUCUUUAUUUUUUUGGGUUUUUUUAUAUUUGUUUUCAUGUGGUCUGCAACUAUGAUGAAUGACAACAAUUUAUUAGAAUACGUUAGAAAAUCAACUCCUCCACCGUUUCUGUUGAAAACCUACAUGCUGAUCGAAGAUCCGACAACCGACGACGUUGUGUCGUGGAACGGAAACGGGACUGGGUUUGUGGUUUGGCAACCGGUGGAGUUCGCUCGAGAUCUUCUUCCUACACUAUUCAAGCAUAGCAACUUUUCUAGCUUUGUUCGCCAACUCAACACUUAUGGAUUUCGCAAAGCUGCAACAGGGAGGUGGGAGUUCUGCAACGACAUGUUUCGAAAGGGAGAAAGAGAGCUAUUAUGCAACAUACGCCGAAGAAAAGCGUGGACAAACAAGCAACAAGAUACAGUAUCAGCAAUUCAAGGCGUUGGCAAUUUAGCGCAAGAUCAAACGUCCAAUGAAGAUCAAGAACAGCGAUCGUCCUCCACCAAUUCAUCGUUGUCCGGGUACAAUUCCCUUAUAGAUGAAAACAAACGUCUGAAACAGGAGAAUGGGGUGUUAAACUCGGAGCUUGGAAGCAUGAAAAGGAAAUGCAAAGAGCUGCUGGACUUGGUGGCAAAAUACUCAAAUUUGGAGAAAGAAGAAGAAGGGGAGAGGCCCAAGUUGUUUGGAGUGAGAUUAGACGUUGAAGGAGAGAAGGAGAGGAAGAGAAAGAGAGCUGAGAAUAGUAAAAGCGGAAGCGUUUUGCUAUCUCAGUCAUGCAAAUAAAUGAAUUAAUUAAUAAUAGGUAAUAUAAGGUUAAGGAAAGUGAAAAUUAACUGAUGAUGCAUGAUUAAUUAAGUAAUUAUAGAAUUAUAAUACUAUGCAAUUUUUCAUUAUGAUGAA